CCGGAUGUCCGAGCUGUGCCAAAGUGGCGGAGGGCCUCGCUUGCUAAAUUAGUGCCGGAGAAGCGCAAUCACGUGACUGGAUUAGAGCUGGAGUAAAACGGAUUAGCGGACGGCGAGAAUUGGAGGCGACGAGCUGACGCUCCGGGAGAGAGAGCGAGCGAGCGAUGUGGUGCGGGAGAGAAUGAAGCACGACGUUGUGCAUCCGCCGGAUGCUCUCUCUCUCUUCUCUCUCUCUCUCUCGCUCGAUCGCUGCGAGCACGCGUCAGAAGUCCAUCAAGAUCGGAGCGGACUUCAGUCGCUGGAUCCCAUACGCCCUGCCGCUUAGCUUGCAUGCGUUUAUUUUCCUGAAUAAUUAAAAGCCUGCAGGGUUUUCGGAAGGCGUCGAUAGGCCCAGAAAGUCAAAAGGGCUGCUGCGAGUGCUUGAAAUUUGUCGACGGAUGGGUGUGUCACUGUCCCUCUGAUCGCUUCAAUAAAGGGGCAAAAUGGACGCAGAGCUGCUAGAGUUGCAGAAGCUGUUCCAGGCUACCCAAGAAGCCAAGGCUACCGUGCGACUCUCCGAGCGCAAUGUUGUGGAACUUGUGACCAAAUUGAAAGAACUGCAACUUUUGGAUUCUGAUUUGCUCCACACUAUCACCGGCAAGGAGUUUAUUACCAAGGAUCGAUUGAAAGCCGAGGUGGAGGCUGAAAUCAAGAGACUUGGACGAGCAUCGCUUGUUGAUUUAGCAGCCUCUGUGGGAGUUGAACUUGUGCAUUGUGAAAGAGUAGCAGAGCAGAUUGUUGCUAGCAACCCAGACUUGUCAUUUAUACAAGGAGAAAUUGUAGCAGAUUCAUACUGGGAUACAGUUGCAGAGGAAAUCAAUGAAGCUCUUCAAGAGUCUGGACAAGUUGCAGUUGGAGAGCUUGCCAAACGCUUCAAUGUGGGAUCCGAGCAGUUGACAAGAGUCCUGGAAUCUCGGAUAGGAAAAUCAAUACAAGGAAAGCUAGAAUCGGGGCAGCUUUAUACACCAGCACAUGUCUCAAGAGUAAGGGCUAUAGUUCGGGGUGCAGUGAGAGCACUUACAGUCCCCACACCUCUUUCAGAAGUGUGGUCUUGCUUACAAAAACAACUUCGGGAAGGAGAAGAUGGAUCAGGUGGAGGAGUUUCUGGAGAAGGCCUCCUCUUCCAGUCAGAAUUAACUGGGCUCAUUGCGGAUGGGGAUGUCAAAGGGUUUCUUCGAGGGGGUGGGGCGAUUUGGACACCUGCGGUAUUUGCUCAGUCUCAACGCGAAAGCGUGGAAGCCUUUUUCUCACAGAACGGAUACAUAAGCUACGACGUUCUACGGAAGCUUGUAAUAUCACAGCCGAAGACUUACUUGCAGGACAAAUAUCCUGAAGGGAUUGCCCUGGAAACGGUUUUUAUUCACCCGUCGAUAACCAGUGUGCUAGACGCGGCAUCUGAGGAGGCAAUUAUCGGCGGUGGAUGGUUUGAUGCGCUACCGCUUGUUCCGACAUCCUUCAGCAAUGCGGAUGCUGCACUGUUGCUGAAUCUGUGCCCAUCCGUCAUCAAGGCUAAAAAGGAAGGAACCGCUUUUAUUCUGGCGGAGACCUGUGUGGUCAGCCUUGAGUUUAUCAAGAUCUUAUCUGAGAAGGUCGAACUCGAAGUUCGAAGCUUAGCUGAGAAAGCUGUGGAGGCUCAACUUUCGAUAGCAAAAAAGAGUGUUGUCGAUGGAAGUAGCUCUGAAAAAGGUGCCUCAAGCAGCAAGAGCUCUGGGAUCGCAGAUAAGAACUUUGAUGGGGAAGAUGACACCAAUCAAACGAAGGGUGGAAGGAAGAAGAAGAGUACCACUGGUUCAACGAAGGAAAGAAUUAAAGACGAAAUUGAGGAAGAGGCUGGAGGAAAGGGAGCAAAGGGCAAAAGAAAGGGUGGCAGGACAAAAGGAGGCAUAAGUUCGCUGAUUGGAGAGGCAGGGAAUAGUUCCACCAAGACAGGCAAAGGAUCCGUAAUAAAAGAGGACGCAGAUAUGCCAACUCAAGAGCACCUUGUUGAGAAGAUGCUUGAAUGGUAUCCUGACAUGGAAUCCGCCGGGUUUGAAGGCGAUGAUUAUGGAGAGGGUGGUUCUCUACCCAAGUCACUGGCUGAGUGGGUGAGGCCAUCUGUAAUAUCCACCUGGGCGGCUGUAAAACGUGCAAGUUUUAAUGCAAGCUCUGAAGACAGACGACGCAGGGUGGAUUCUUUGCAACAAAAGCUCGAUGAGGCCUACGCAGAUCUGCAGCUUUUUGAGAAAGCUCUCGAUUUGUUCGAGGAGGAUAAUAAUACGGCGUUGAUUUUACAAAGGCAUCUUUUGCGUACCACAGCUGCAGAAAUUACCGAUAUGUUUCUGACAGCCCAGAACCUCGAGAGGCAACUCGAGGAGGGAGAUGGCAGUGAUUCUCGUGAGAGUUCGUCGGCUGGCUCGCACCAAUUAAGUACAGCUGAACGGAUGGUUUUGGCAAAACGUAUGGCAGGUGCCGGUCUAGCUAAACGUUCGGUAGAAUUGGUGGAGUCGCUUGAGGGCAAGACAGUUGACGCUUUUGAGACUGCUCUGGAAGCUGCCGUGAAAGAAAGUGGUCUACGACUGAAGAAACUGGACAAGAAAUCGGAAAGGUCGCUCCUCCAUUCGCAUAAAAAGGUCUUGAUGUCGCAAGUGGAGGAGGAGAACGAUCCAGUUGCACUGCUGCCUAGAGUUGUUGCGCUCCUCUUUAUCCAGGUUCAUAAUCGAGCUCUUCAAGCACCUGGAAGAGCAAUGUUGGCAGCUGUAAACCGUCUGAAGAGCGGACUAUCUGAGGAUUCCUUCGGUUCGUUGAUGGCGUAUCACACAACCACCGUACAACUUUUAUCUAUGCAAGCCACAGCACCUUCUGGUGAAAACGAUUGUACUAAUGAUCGGAUGCGAACGAAGAGAGAGGCUUUGAUUGAGCGGAUGCCUCAGCUCAAGGCUCUUAUAGUUUCAACUCCGGUGGUCUCGAAAGCCUGACAUACGUCGCCCUCUAAAGAGGUCUUUAGAAGCAAAAGCAUUGCUCGUCCAUUUUUUGAUUUAGAGGGAGGGGACUUUGAGGCUGUAUUCGAAGCAGCUCAUAACGAACUGAGCUCUUCGUGAGGGUGAACUUGACAACGCAAGACGUGCCUACGCUUGAUCUAGAACUUGGUGGAGUCUUCAAAAAACAUAUCUUCCAAUUCUAUUGAAGCUGCCUGCUAAAUCUCACAUGCCCUCCGAGCGUAGACUUCAGUAGCACGACCUAGAGUUUGUGUUCAGAUCAUGAAUCAUUGUUUGUGGUAAUUUGUAACAAAGUUACAACAGCAGUACCAUCAACUUGUGACGAUCUCUAACCGCCAGAAAAUUCAAAAUACGUUAAUGCACCUCAUUCACAUGCAUGGUGAUUCGUGCAUUAUAGAAAUGAACUUUCUGUGUCCACAAACUCACAUUCACCUUCCACACGGGACCCGUAUUCUCUUAAAUGUGGGAUCUCAGUCCUGAACCCAAAUUUUGAUCUACCGCAGGAAGUUGCAAAUCUCAUCGCUUUUUUGACUGG